GUCUAGGGGCCGCUGAAACUGAAAGUGCGGUGUUUUAGGCGCCCUGCUGAGAUUGAUUCACCUUCACCUGUGAGAGCCUUAGUGGACCAAGUGGGAAACCAGGCAGGUAGUAAAACAUGAACGGAAGAGUGGAUUAUUUGGUCAUAGAGGAAGAGAUCAAUCUUACCAGAGGACCCUCAGGGCUGGGCUUCAACAUCGUCGGUGGGACAGAUCAGCAGUAUGUCUCCAACGACAGUGGCAUCUACGUCAGCCGCAUCAAAGAGAAUGGGGCUGCGGCCCUGGAUGGGCGGCUCCAGGAGGGUGAUAAGAUCCUCUCGGUAAAUGGCCAAGACCUAAAGAACCUGCUGCACCAGGAUGCUGUAAACCUCUUUCGUAACGCAGGCUAUGCCGUGUCCCUGAGAGUGCAGCACAGGUUACAGGUGCAAAAUGGGCCUAUAGGACAUCGAGGUGAAGGGGAGCCGAGUGGUAUUCCCAUACCUAUGGUGCUGGUGCCAUUGUUUGCCCUCGCCAUGGUAGCAGCCUGGGCCUUCAUGAGAUACCGGCAACAGCUCUGAAAAGCUUGCUUUCUCCCAGUGCUCCUGAUGAGGAGAACAUUUCUUCCUUUCUCUCAUCCUCCCUGCCAUUCUCCCAUAUCUUUCCCUCACUUUGCAUAGCUCACACAUGAUUUAAAGAGACUGCUUCCCAGCCUAGAACCUUGCUGUUCAAAAUCUCCAAGUCCUCGUUUUCUAAUGGGAGAGGAAAGGCAUUGUUUGAAGGAAAGCUGAAGAAAAGACUUGCUUAGAACAAAUGAGGAGUUGGACAUUUUACUAGGACCGCCAGUAGAAGUUCAGCUACAGCCAAAGAGGGAAAAGUCCAGUCUUCCCGUCACCAUGGUGAUACCUAUUUUCUUAGCUGGCAUGCUGCAAAGGCCAGCGGUGUGAUAUAAGAGGAAGAGAGGAUUUUUCUUUUUAAUGAUCUUCCUUGGGAAGUUUUUGUGGUCUUUAUUUACUUUCUGACAACAUACUUGGGUGCCUGUAUCAAACAAAACAUAAUGAGGAGACCAUUUUUACUUUUUAAAAAACAAAUAUAUAUCUACACAUGUAUACACAUAUAUGCAUAAAUGAUAGUAUAACAGUGAUGCCUUAUGGAGAGGUAAAGAGGUAGAAAGCUGCCCUGGUUUCUAGGUUCCUGAUGUAAGGGAUGAUCUUAAUUGAGGGAGUGAGAGAGAGCCUGACAGGAUGCCCAAUCUGAGUCAUUAAAAAAAAAAACAAAAAACAAAAAACUAAAGCAACUAAUUUAAAAUCUUAGAAUUCUUAUUUUUCUCAUAAUAAUUAAGGUGAAAUUGAGGCAAAAUUCCAUAAUCCAGCUUUGCGCAUGUCAAUCUGUUCGAAAACCUUUGAGAUUUAAAGAUAAAUCUUGCCAAUCUGUGGUCUGCCCUAGUGACUUUUUUGAUACCUCACAGUCCUGUGAAAGUAUCAGCUGGAAUGAUUGUGGUCAGAGCACUAGUGAUGGGGCCAAACCAACCGAAAGAAAAAACUCUAAAAAGAAAGAAGAUAGUGCCUCCAAGGUGGUGCCCGAGCGCUCAGGCUAUCAACCAGUCUUUCCGGUUUCUAGUAACAGGCAAAUCUUAGCGAAGGAACUGCUCCUGGGCAGCAUGGGCAUGAAGCCAGCCGUGCUUCUGAUUCAGUUCAGUUUAGAGGGUUUGGAUUGCUAGUUGUUGUUUUUUUAAAAAAAGUUCUUAACACUGGGCUUUUAAUGAAUGAACAAUUUUGUGGGGAAGGGAAGAAAAGGUUUGUUUGUUUAGGAGGGAGGGAAGCUCCGUAGGGAAACCUUGAGGGAAGGAUGCGGAGGAAUGGAUGCUGGGGAAUACUAAGGCUAAUAAUAAGGUAGGGACAUCCUGGUUAUGUGCUGCUGAAGGGUGGUUUUAAAGCACUCAGGAGAGCUGGCCCAAGGCUAAUUUCCUGGCUUCAAGAAAAUCAUUUCCAUAGUCCAAAUAUACCGGCUAGACCAUCGGCCUUAUGCAUACAAUCUUGACAACAAGAGUAUGAGGACUUUCCCUCGGAUGAUCAGUUGUGUCUGUUUUUUAGCUCAGAUGAUCUAGCAGGUAUUUUACAAAUGUUGAUUGUACAUCAGCUUUGUUAAUACACUUUUACAGAGUAGUAAAAUACAUGUAGCCUCCAUCCUAAAGGGUUUUUUGGUUCCAGUUUGGAAGAGAACACCUAUACACAUAAAACGUAAUUGGCCUCAUAGUCAGGGCAAUGUAAGUUGGUGUCAGAUUUAUAUUGCAGACAACAAAAGGGAAGAGUUACUGAGAAUUGAGACACUUGAGAGAGUUCCAUGGAGGAAGGGGACAACUUAAGGACCCUUUAGGAGCUCACAGUCUAGUUAGGAGAAUUUGUAAGUAGAUGAGAAAUUAAAAGGAUAUAUAUCAUCAGGUUAAAUAACAGUUGAAAACACUAAUAAAAGAAAUAGUACUGUUCACAACACGUAGCAAAAAAAGAUAUGCAGACAGCCAUCACUUUUUUUUUUUUUUUAAAGGUAUUCAGAAAAAGAAAGCUGGCACAUAAUGACAUGAGGCCAGAGUGGAAAGGGAAGGCUUUUAAAAAUAAAAAUCCCAGUAAGACCUCGCCUCUGGGUCAGCUAUUCCUAUAGGGAGAAAAUGGCUUUAAACAAUGCUGGUGUGACUCGUGCCUUUAAACCUGAACUGUUCACUUAGACAACUGCAUUUGUACGUUCCACAGAGAAACACAGUAUUUUAGUUCUCGCCUCAACUGCCCCACUGUGGAGGCAGCCUCUUGGGCUCUCCUUGUAUCUGGAGGUAUGUGCAGCCACUUCUGCAGUGGGCCUACUUGCCUCCCAGGAUGCACCUCAGGGUUUGGACAUUAACUCUUGAGAAGACCUGGGACAUACAUACCAAAGGAAGCAAAAUGGCAAGCAAGAAGAAAAGCUAUUUUUAGUUUUUUAUUGGUUUGUGUAAAUAAAGAGAACACCUAUCCCAUCACUGUUAGAAGUUUUGCUUCGGUUGAUAAUAGGGAUUCUGAUGCACUUUAAUAAUUUUGGUUUUCUCUGGAUUUAAAUAGCAUCUAAGGGUCAAUAACAUUUUAGGCAGGUGUGCUAUAUUUUUAUUUCUGAUUCUCUAGAAGACUACAUUAUCAUAGAUAAGAUGUCAGAGUCUAUUGUAAGUCAUUUAAAAAAGUCUAUGCUCUUUAUAAAUUGAAUCUAAUAUUCCUGUCACUUUAUAGAGUGUAUCUAAUUAUUCCCACCACCUAAAUUACUGUGUUCAAAGUUUAAAAAAAAAGAAGUAUUUUUAAGACCAUGUACUUAGAACACUUUUCUAUAGUUACCCAAUAUUAUACAUAUAACCCUAAUAAGACAUUGUUUGCGUCAGUCGUCUGUUUCCUUUUCCUGCCAAGUUUUAUCUGUGCUAAUUGAUUUAAUUAAUCAUACCAUCUAGCCAUGUAUAAUGGAACAGGGAAAUUAAUAUUU